AUGGGGAUUCCAGCGUAUAACGAUCUGGAGAGGAUGGCUUCAGUUUUUAGGGUCUUCGAAGGAUAUGAGAACCUUCUCGUGCCUCAACAGAUAGGGACAGCUUCACCUUCAACCUAUAACCCGAUAGCUGAGAAAACAGAUCUAACAGUAUUCCGCUUCGACUCAAAAAACUCGCGACUCCCUCGAUUUCCAGUCCAAAUAGUGCAGGUUCCAGAUGCAGACUACGCCGUUAUCCAAGACGAUCAUGAGGAGGAAGAGCAUGAUUUCCCCGAUGUCAUGUCUAGAUAUCUUAGAGCCCAACGAGACCUUGCUGAGAACACGGCGAUUCAUAGACAGGAAGGGAAUAGAGAAAUAGCUGUGGAAGGGAGCUGGGACGAUGAUGUCGAAGCACAGGAAGAAGUCUCAGAUAGAGAAACUGGAGUCUUAAGUGGCUUGAGUGAUCUUAUCGAUGCAGUGAGGGAAGCCUCCCGUGACAACGACGAGCGAAUUGAGGACGCAUAUGAGAUUGUUAAUGAGGACUUGCCUAUGGCAGGUGAUACCGACGAGUCCGCUUUUGAUGAUAACGAGGCGGUAUUCGUUGACGUAGAUCAGCCUGUCGAUGAAAAUUUAGUUGAAGCUGUCAAUAUGGGGCAAGGAACUGACAAUAACGUGGCAGAGGAGCAAGCUUCUAACGCUAUUGUGGUCGAAGUGGUCCACACAGGGGAUCGACACCCCAACGACAGCGUAGAAGAGCAACAUGCCCCCCACAUCAACAUAGAGGAGGACAUUCAGCCCAACGCAGACCACAAUAUCAGCGGCCCCGCACAAGCUGCUCCCCACGAACAAAUCUUCGAUCUAUUUGCUUUCGAUGACAAGACACUGCCUCCUAGAAGACCCACACCGAACAUUUCCAACGAGGCCUGGGACGACAUUUGGCACAUUCUAUCCGACCCCGAAGUCGUGAACAGGGGAGGUGUAUUUCACCUACCAUCCGACAACGAGAAUGGGAAUGUGCUGAUGCUAGGUCCUUCAUGUUUUCGUGGUGAAGAAGCCACAAUCAAGACCCAAUAUAGGAUUGAGUUCCACGCAGCACUAUCGUUCAUAAUAGGUCCCUCAUUUCUAGACGGGAUACAUGAAAACGAGUCGCUUCAAAUGCGAAUUGAGUCUGAUCGAAGACUUGCGCUAAGUCGGGGAUAUCGAGCAAUCAUUGUUCUUUUAAGGAGACGCAGAGAAUAUCCCGUGACUGGCGAACAACCGGUGGUGAGGAUGAUGUAUUGGGUUAAGAAGAGUGAGAGUAAUCCUGAGGAGGUGAAAGAAGAGGAAGAGGAGCCAACUUAUGCGUUUGUGGAUCAACAGCCAGAUACGCGGACCAUAUGGGAUGGGGUGGACAUGGAUGGGGUGGAGAUCCCGGAGUUUGAAAUGGGGAGGACAUAUGAUUGGGAUACUUACAUUGAAUUCCUCGCUUCACUUCGUCGUGGGAGGGCAUUCAAUCAGGAUGCUUAUGCAGACCACGUCGCCUCACGUCGUGUGGAUGGUGUUUUGUUAGGUCCAGAGGAAUGA